AUGAUGAAUAGGGCGCUGAAAUGUGAAGGAAGCAGAGACCGAAAGGGAGACAAGGCUUUCUUAGUCGCUUAUAACAGAAAAGCAAUAAGUCCACUGACCAAUUGUACCCCAGACGCACUUGGACGUAAAAAGCGCUUUAAAGCGCAUGGUGGAAAGUCACUAAUAUAUUACUAUACUUAUUUGCAGAAAUUAAAGUGGGAAAGAUGCAAAAAACUUAUAUCUGGAGAAGAAAAACUGAAAAAGCGUCCAGUCGUGUGGAAUGACUUUUAUAUUCGUGACAAGUAUCACCCUGAUGAAGAUUGCGCGCAUGUUUCAGAGACGCGCUUUGUUCAUCCUCCAGUUUCAAAAGAGGAAAAGCAGUUACCCAUCGCUUUUGGACUCACUAUUCACAGAAGUGCACGUCUGUUUGAACGUAUUCUACGCGCUAUUUACAUGCCAAACAAUGUCUACUGCAUUCAUGUCGACAAAAAGUCCUCAUCGGUUUUCCGUGAAGCAAUACAGGCCAUUAUCCGGUGUCUUUCAAACGUUUUCAUCGCAGCAAACAGUGUCGACGUCACCUGGGGACAUAUCACUGUAGUUCAAGCUCAAUUCAGUUGCAUGGAAGAGCUUUUGAAAUCGACCGUUAAAUGGAAGUAUUACAUCAAUUUAGUUGGGCAAGAUUUCCCACUUUAUGAUAACAAGCAAAUUGUACGAGCAUUACAUGGUCUUAAUAACACCAACAACAUAGAAAGUUUUCCUGUGCCUAACAAAUUUUUGGGUCGCACUAAAUUUGUUCACCUAUUAAAAGCCCGCCAGAUUUACAGAACAGAAACACAAAAAGGGCCGCCACCACACAACAUUUCAGUCUAUAAAGGAUCUACUUUUAUCAUUGCUAUACGAGAGUUUGUCGAGUUUGUUCUUCGCAACCAAAUAGGAAAAGACUUCUAUGAAUUCUUAAGGAAUGCUGAAGUUCCAGAUGAAGCGAUAUACUCAUCUUUACAAAGGCAUCCACAAGCUCCAGGCGGAAUCAACGGAAACCAACCAAAGUGGAUAGCUCGUGUUUUACUCUGGGCUAACGAGGAUACUCUUGACGUUUGCCAUGGAAUUUGGAAACGCAACGUAUGUUGGAUUUCUUUGGAAGAUUUGCGAUGGGUGCUCGGGGGAAGAGAGAAAAAACAACUAUUUGUUAAUAAAGUUCCAUUUGACUUCAGCGAGGAAUUAACAGAGUGUAUUCUUCUGACAAGACAAGGAAGGGAAUACGCUACUACUGUGCGGAAAUAG